ACUCAGUGUAAGUUCAUCAAUAUUCAAUCGAUGAUAGUAUUGGUAGCAAUUUUUUCCAACCAAAUUCUUCGUCAAUCACAGUAUGAGCUAGAAUAAAUGAAUCGCUCAUUAGCAAUAAGAUGGACCGGCCGGUUGAAGCCGUGCCUAUCUAAAUCCACCUACCAUGGACCUCGCAGCAAGCUAAUUGCGCAAAGAACACAGUUCUUUUCCAGCUCCCCAGUACGGCGCGACCAAAACCUACCACCACAAUCCGGCCCUCAACACCCGCAACGCCGGGGUAAUUGGAAAUCAUGGAUCCUCUUCAACCUGGCCGGCGUAACCGGCGUCGCCAUCGUAGCCAUCACGCUCAAAAGCGCGAACCCCAACGCCACCAACGACGAUAAAAACAGCGUUAUAAAUACAAAGUCCUUCAGUCCCUUCACUAUCAUCUCCAAGGAGCAAGUCUCACCCACCGCUUUCGUUCUAAGUGUCCGCCCAGAAAUCGGUGAGGGAAAAAAGGGGUCAACGCGCAAGUUACAGGAAGCUUGGGAUCAUGGCCUUUGGUCCGUUGAGGUGAAGCAGCCGCAGUUGCAGAUUGCGCGGCAUUAUACGCCGUUACCUCCUUCUGAUGGUAAUGAGGGGGAUUUGCGGUUUUUGGUUCGGAAAGUUGAUGGUGGUGAGAUGUCUACGUAUCUAAGCAAAUUGCGCGUUGGUGAGAAUGUGUACCUGCGAGGUCCGCAUCUCGGGUUCGAUAUUACGAAGCGCUUGGGGGAUGCUAAGGAUAUCGUGUUUGUAGCGGGAGGUACGGGAAUUGCACCUGCGCUGCAGAUCGCAAGGAAAGUUUUAGAUACCAAACCUGCAGAAACUACAGCCGCAGAAAAACCAACAGUCUCAAUCCUAUGGGCGAACCGCCUAUCCGUCGAUGCCCUAGGACGAGAAACCUUCCAAUCUUCCAAAACUUCCGGAAGUUGGUGGAGUGGAAAACCAUCCUCAAAUCCCGAAGCACAGAAGCAAACACAAGAACCCUCAACCCCCUCACUAACACACCAAAUUCGCACUCUCCAACAAAACCACCCAGAAAACUUCCGCAUAUCCUACUUCACCGACGAAGAAGGCACAUUCAUCAAAGAACCCGACCUGCGCACCGCCAUCUCCCCGCCAUCCCCAGCAACAAAACGCCAACCUCUCCUCCCCGCAGCAUGGAUAUGUCCCUGGCACUCCACAGCCGCGCUCGAGCGACUACCAAACGACAACGACGUCGCGCGGCGAAGCGGUGAUUGUACCUGUGCCAAAGACGCUAAGACCAAGAAAGAAGUCCUUCCUACAAGCGCCACAGGAGCGAGUCUCGUAUGUGUUUCCGGAGCGGAUGGUUUUGUAGCCGCGUAUGCUGGGCCGAAGCGUUGGUAUCGCGGUGGGGAAAUGCAGGGGCCUGUAAAGGGGAUAUUGGGGCAGAUAGUAAAGGAUGAGGAGGUGAAGGGGGUUAAUUGGCUUGUUCUCAAGUUGUAGGUUACAAUAGGGGAUAAUUGACGAUGUAUAUGGCUUAAAAAGGUUGAUAUUAAAACUCCAAGCAGAAGUGUACUAUAGAGAUCUAAAAUUAAAUAUAGAGGCGAUAUAUCCUCAUCUAGGCUCACUCACACACAAU